GGUGCCUGCCUCUCUUCCUGAACUAGGUGGUGCGUCUGCCAGAAGAGGAGCUAUGUUUGAAGAGCAGCCUACUCCACCCCUCUCCUCUCUGGUCCCUGAACACCACCACACGCUGGCAUUUUGAAAAAAAAAAAAAAAAUUGCCUCCAGAAACUGAGCACCCCCAAGCCCUACCCCCCCUUUUUUUCUUCUUGAGGAAUGGAGCUUCGCAGAGGUUGUAUUUAGAUUCAACAGUUCAGAGCGGCGGUGCUGCUGCCGCCGCCGCCUCUCCGAAGAGCUCGCGGGCUCCCCAGAGGCGGUGGUCCCCGUGCCUGUCUGGAUGCGGCUCUGAGUCUCCGUGUGUCUUUCUGCUUAUUGCUGUGUGCGGGUGUUCGGCGAUCACCUUUGUGUGUCUUCUGUCUGUUUAAACUUCAGGAUGGCUCGCUUCGGGGAGGCGGUGGUCGGCAGGCCGGGGUCGGGCGAUGGAGACUCGGACCAGAGCAGGAACCGACAAGGAACCCCCGUGCCGGCCUCGGGGACGGCGGCUGCCUACAAGCAGUCGAAAGCGCAGAGGGCGCGGACUAUGGCUUUGUACAACCCCAUUCCCGUCCGGCAGAACUGUUUCACCGUCAACAGAUCCCUGUUCAUCUUCGGAGAAGACAACAUUGUCAGGAAGUACGCCAAGAAGCUCAUCGAUUGGCCGCCGUUUGAGUACAUGAUCCUGGCCACCAUCAUCGCCAACUGCAUCGUCCUGGCCCUGGAGCAGCAUCUUCCAGAGGAUGACAAGACGCCCAUGUCCCGAAGACUGGAGAAGACAGAACCGUAUUUCAUUGGGAUCUUCUGCUUUGAAGCUGGGAUCAAAAUUGUGGCCCUGGGGUUCAUCUUCCACAAGGGCUCAUACCUCCGCAAUGGCUGGAAUGUCAUGGACUUCAUCGUGGUCCUCAGUGGCAUCCUGGCCACUGCGGGGACCCACUUCAACACCCACGUGGACCUGAGGACCCUCCGGGCUGUGCGUGUCCUGAGGCCCUUGAAGCUGGUGUCAGGGAUACCUAGUCUGCAGAUCGUGUUGAAGUCCAUCAUGAAGGCUAUGGUGCCUCUUCUGCAGAUUGGCCUUUUGCUCUUCUUUGCCAUUCUGAUGUUUGCUAUCAUUGGCUUGGAGUUCUACAGUGGGAAGUUACAUCGAGCAUGCUUCAUGAACAAUUCAGGUAUUCUGGAAGGAUUUGACCCCCCACACCCAUGUGGUGUGCAGGGCUGCCCAGCUGGUUAUGAAUGCAAGGACUGGAUCGGCCCCAACGAUGGGAUCACCCAGUUUGAUAACAUCCUUUUUGCUGUGCUGACUGUCUUCCAGUGCAUCACCAUGGAAGGGUGGACCACUGUGCUGUACAAUACCAAUGAUGCCUUAGGAGCCACCUGGAAUUGGCUGUACUUCAUCCCUCUCAUCAUCAUCGGAUCCUUCUUUGUCCUCAACCUAGUCCUGGGAGUACUUUCUGGGGAAUUUGCCAAAGAGAGGGAGAGAGUGGAGAACCGAAGAGCGUUCAUGAAACUGCGGCGUCAGCAGCAGAUAGAGCGGGAGCUGAAUGGCUACCGGGCCUGGAUAGACAAAGCAGAGGAAGUCAUGCUCGCUGAAGAAAAUAAAAAUGCUGGAACAUCAGCCCUGGAAGUGCUUCGAAGGGCAACCAUCAAAAGGAGCCGGACGGAGGCCAUGACCCGAGACUCCAGCGAUGAGCACUGCGUUGAUAUCUCUUCUGUGGGUACGCCUCUCGCUCGAGCCAGUAUCAAGAGCACAAAAGUAGAUGGGGCCUCCUAUUUCCGGCACAAGGAAAGGCUUCUGCGCAUCUCUAUUCGUCACAUGGUUAAAUCCCAGGUGUUUUACUGGAUUGUCCUGAGCCUGGUGGCACUCAACACUGCCUGUGUGGCCAUCGUCCAUCACAACCAGCCGCAGUGGCUCACUCACCUCCUCUACUAUGCAGAAUUUUUGUUUCUGGGACUGUUUCUCUUGGAGAUGUCCCUGAAAAUGUACGGCAUGGGGCCUCGCCUUUAUUUCCACUCUUCAUUCAACUGCUUUGAUUUUGGGGUCACAGUGGGCAGCAUCUUUGAAGUGGUCUGGGCUAUCUUCAGACCUGGUACAUCUUUCGGAAUCAGUGUCUUGCGAGCGCUCCGGCUUCUAAGAAUAUUUAAAAUAACCAAGUACUGGGCUUCCCUCCGCAAUCUGGUGGUCUCCUUGAUGAGCUCCAUGAAGUCUAUCAUCAGCUUGCUCUUCCUCCUCUUCCUCUUCAUCGUUGUCUUUGCGCUGCUAGGAAUGCAACUGUUUGGAGGCAGGUUUAACUUUAAUGAUGGUACUCCUUCUGCAAAUUUUGAUACCUUUCCUGCAGCCAUCAUGACUGUGUUCCAGAUCCUGACAGGGGAGGACUGGAAUGAGGUGAUGUACAAUGGGAUCCGCUCCCAGGGUGGGGUCAGCUCAGGCAUGUGGUCGGCCAUCUACUUCAUUGUGCUCACCUUGUUUGGAAACUACACACUACUGAACGUAUUCUUGGCCAUUGCUGUGGAUAAUCUGGCCAACGCUCAGGAGCUGACCAAGGAUGAACAGGAAGAAGAGGAGGCCUUCAACCAGAAGCAUGCACUGCAGAAGGCCAAGGAAGUGAGCCCGAUGUCCGCGCCCAACAUGCCUUCCAUCGAAAGAGACAGAAGGAGAAGACACCACAUGUCGAUGUGGGAGCCACGCAGCAGCCACCUGAGGGAGCGGAGGCGCAGGCACCAUAUGUCCGUGUGGGAGCAGCGCACCAGCCAGCUGAGGAGACACAUGCAGAUGUCCAGCCAGGAGGCCCUCAACAAAGAGGAGGCCCCACCGAUGAACCCCCUCAACCCCCUCAACCCACUGAGCCCCCUCAACCCGCUCAAUGCUCACCCCAGCCUCUACCGGAGGCCCAGGCCUAUCGAGGGCCUGGCCCUGGGCCUGGGCCUGGAGAAGUGCGAGGAGGAGCGCAUCAGCCGUGGGGGAUCCCUCAAGGGGGACGGAGGGGACCUGACCAGUGUCCUGGACAACCAGAGAAGCCCUUUGUCCCUAGGCAAGCGGGAACCACCUUGGCUGGCCAGGCCUUGUCAUGGGAAUUGUGACCCCACCCAGCAGGAGACUGGGGGAGGGGAGACUGUGGUGACCUUCGAGGACCGGGCCAGGCACAGACAGAGCCAGCGUCGUAGCCGGCACCGCCGGGUCAGAACAGAAGGCAAAGAAUCGACCUCGACCUCCCGGAGCAGGUCUGCCAGCCAGGAGAGGAAUCUGGACGAAGGGGUGCCUGCCGAGGGGGAGCAGGACCGUGAGCCCCGGGGAAGCCACGGGGGCAAGGAACCGACUAUCCACGAAGAGGACAGGGGCCAGGACUUGAGGAGAACCAACAGUCUGAUGGUGUCCAGGGGUUCUGGGCUAGCAGGAGCCCUCGAUGAGGCAGAAACACCCCUAGUCCUGCCCCAACCUGAGCUGGAGGUGGGGAAGGAUGCCACGCUGACGGAGCAGGAGCCGGAAGGCAGCAGUGAGCAAGCCCUGCUGGGCGACGUGCAGCUGGAUGUGGGCCGGGGCAUCAGCCAGAGCGAGCCUGACCUCUCCUGCAUCAUGGCCAACACUGACAAGGCCACCACUGAGAGCACCAGCGUCACGGUCGCCAUCCCCGAAGUGGGCCCCUUGGUGGAUUCGACAGUGGUUCACAUUAGCAACAAGACUGAUGGAGAAGCCAGUCCCUUGAAGGAGGAAGAUAUCAAAGAGGAGGAAGAGGAGGUAGAGAAGAAGAAGAAGAAGGAGAAGCGUGAGACGGGCAAAGCCAUGGUGCCCCACAGCUCCAUGUUCAUCUUCAGCACCACCAACCCGAUCCGGAGGGCCUGCCAUUACAUUGUGAACCUGCGCUACUUUGAGAUGUGCAUCCUCCUGGUGAUCGCAGCCAGCAGCAUUGCCCUGGCCGCGGAGGACCCUGUCCUGACCAACUCGGAGCGCAACAAAGUCCUGAGGUAUUUCGACUAUGUGUUCACGGGUGUGUUCACCUUUGAAAUGGUUAUAAAGAUGAUAGACCAGGGCUUGAUCCUGCAGGAUGGGUCCUAUUUCCGAGACCUCUGGAACAUCUUGGACUUUGUGGUGGUGGUUGGUGCAUUGGUGGCCUUUGCUCUGGCGAACGCUUUGGGAACCAACAAGGGGCGGGACAUCAAGACCAUCAAGUCUCUGCGGGUGCUCCGAGUUCUGAGGCCACUGAAAACUAUCAAGCGUCUGCCCAAGCUCAAGGCAGUGUUCGACUGUGUGGUGACCUCCUUGAAGAAUGUCUUCAACAUACUCAUCGUCUACAAGCUCUUCAUGUUCAUCUUUGCUGUCAUCGCAGUUCAGCUCUUCAAGGGAAAGUUCUUUUAUUGCACAGACAGUUCCAAGGACACAGAGAAGGAGUGCAUAGGCAAUUACGUAGACCAUGAAAAAAACAAGAUGGAGGUGAAGGGCCGGGAAUGGAAGCGCCAUGAAUUCCACUACGACAACAUCAUCUGGGCCCUGCUGACCCUAUUCACGGUCUCCACAGGGGAAGGAUGGCCUCAGGUUCUGCAGCAUUCCGUAGACGUGACGGAGGAAGACCGAGGCCCAAGCCGCAGCAACCGCAUGGAGAUGUCCAUCUUUUACGUGGUCUACUUUGUGGUCUUCCCUUUCUUCUUUGUCAAUAUAUUCGUGGCUCUCAUCAUCAUCACCUUCCAGGAACAGGGAGACAAGAUGAUGGAGGAGUGCAGCCUGGAGAAGAACGAGCGGGCAUGCAUCGACUUCGCCAUCAGCGCCAAGCCUCUCACCCGCUACAUGCCACAGAACAGGCACACCUUCCAGUAUCGCGUGUGGCACUUCGUGGUGUCUCCUUCCUUUGAGUACACCAUCAUGGCCAUGAUCGCCUUGAACACUGUGGUGCUGAUGAUGAAGUACUACUCUGCUCCCUGUACCUAUGAACUGGCCCUCAAGUACUUGAAUAUCGCCUUCACCAUGGUGUUUUCCCUGGAAUGUGUCCUAAAGAUCAUCGCUUUUGGCUUCUUGAACUAUUUCCGAGACACCUGGAAUAUCUUUGACUUCAUCACCGUGAUUGGCAGCAUCACAGAAAUUAUCCUGACUGACAGCAAGCUGGUGAACACCAGUGGCUUCAAUAUGAGCUUUCUGAAGCUUUUCCGUGCUGCCCGCCUCAUAAAGCUUCUGCGACAGGGCUACACAAUACGCAUUUUACUUUGGACCUUUGUGCAGUCCUUUAAGGCCCUGCCCUAUGUCUGCCUUUUGAUUGCCAUGCUUUUCUUCAUUUAUGCCAUCAUCGGGAUGCAGGUAUUUGGAAAUAUAAAAUUAGACGAGGAGAGUCACAUCAAUCGGCACAACAACUUCCGGAGUUUCUUUGGGUCCCUCAUGCUACUCUUCAGGAGUGCCACAGGCGAGGCUUGGCAGGAGAUUAUGCUGUCGUGCCUUGGGGAGAAAGGCUGCGAGCCCGACACCACUGCCCCGUCAGGGCAGAAUGAGAAUGAGCGCUGCGGCACCGACCUGGCCUACGUUUACUUUGUCUCCUUCAUCUUCUUCUGCUCCUUCUUGAUGCUCAACCUGUUUGUGGCUGUCAUCAUGGACAACUUUGAGUACCUGACUCGGGACUCCUCCAUCCUGGGGCCUCACCACUUGGAUGAGUUUGUUCGCGUCUGGGCAGAAUAUGACAGAGCAGCAUGUGGCCGCAUCCAUUACACUGAGAUGUAUGAAAUGCUGACUCUCAUGUCACCACCGCUAGGCCUCGGCAAGAGAUGUCCCUCCAAAGUGGCAUAUAAGAGGUUGGUCCUGAUGAAUAUGCCAGUGGCUGAGGACAUGACAGUCCAUUUCACCUCCACACUUAUGGCUCUGAUCCGGACAGCUCUGGAUAUUAAAAUUGCCAAAGGUGGUGCAGACAGGCAACAGCUAGACUCAGAGCUGCAAAAGGAGACCCUGGCCAUCUGGCCUCACCUGUCCCAGAAGAUGCUGGAUCUGCUUGUGCCCAUGCCCAAAGCUUCUGACCUGACUGUGGGAAAAAUCUAUGCAGCAAUGAUGAUCAUGGACUACUAUAAACAGAGUAAGGUGAAGAAGCAGAGGCAGCAGCUGGAGGAACAGAAAAAUGCACCCAUGUUCCAACGCAUGGAGCCAUCAUCUCUGCCUCAGGAGAUCAUUGCUAAUGCCAAAGCCCUGCCUUAUCUCCAGCAGGACCCCGUUUCAGGCCUGAGUGGCCGGAGUGGAUACCCUUCAAUGAGUCCACUCUCCCCCCAGGAAAUAUUCCAGUUGGCCUGUAUGGACCCAACCGAGGAUGGACAAUUCCAGGAACAGCAAUCUCUGGAGCCAGAGGUUAGUGAAAUAAAAAGCGUGCAGUCCUCUAACCAUGGCAUCUGCCUUCCUUCGGACACCCAGGAGCGUGCGGGAUCGGGGAGGGCAUCCUCUAUGCCACGCCUGACCGUGGAUCCCCAGGUGGUGACAGACCCCAGCUCCAUGAGACGUUCAUUUUCUACUAUUCGGGAUAAGCGUUCAAAUUCCUCAUGGUUAGAGGAAUUUUCCAUGGAACGAAGCAGUGAGAACACCUACAAGUCUCGUCGCAGGAGUUACCACUCCUCCCUGCGGUUGUCAGCCCACCGCCUGAACUCCGACUCAGGUCACAAGUCUGACACCCACCGCUCAGGGGGCAGGGAGCGGGGACGAUCGAAAGAACGAAAGCAUCUUCUCUCUCCUGAUGUCUCCCGCUGCAAUUCUGAGGAGCGAGGGACCCAAGCCGACUGGGAGUCCCCAGAGCGCCGUCAGUCCAGAUCCCCCAGUGAGGGCAGGUCACAGACCCCCAACAGACAGGGCACCGGGUCCCUGAGUGAGAGCUCCAUCCCCUCCAUCUCUGACACCAGCACCCCAAGACGAAGUCGUCGGCAGCUUCCAUCUGUCCCACCAAAGCCUCGGCCCCUGCUUUCCUACAGCUCCCUGCUGCGACACACUGGAAGCAUCUCUCCCCCUGCCGAUGGAAGUGAGGGUGGAUCUCCUCUGACCUCCCAAGCCCUGGAGAGCAGCAAUGUUUGCCUGGCUGAGUCUUCCAACUCUCCACACCCCCAGCAGGGCCAGCAUUCUUCCCCACAGCGCUACAUCUCCGAGCCCUACCUGGCCCUGCACGAAGACUCCCAUGCCUCAGACUGCGGCGAGGAGGAGACACUCACCUUUGAAGCAGCUGUGGCUACUAGCCUGGGCCGUUCCAACACCAUCGGCUCAGCCCCUCCCCUACGGCACAGCUGGCAGAUGCCCAAUGGGCACUAUCGGCGACGGAGGCGUGGGGGGCCUGGGCCCGGCAUGAUGUGUGGAGCUGUCAGCGACCUCCUGAGUGACACAGAAGAAGAUGACAAAUGCUAGAGGCUGUUCCCCCCUCCGAUGCAUGCUCUUCUCUCACAGGGAGAAAACCAAGACUGAAUUGGGAAGCCCGUGCGGCCCCGGGGGGGAGGAAGAGGGAGAAGGAAGAUGUGUGCAUUAGCAGAAGAGGAAGUAAAGGACAAAAGGAAAAGCAGUCAAACCCACCAAACCGCUUUAUUUCCCUUUGCAAGAUGGGCACUGCCAUAGUUCUGCCUCUUUGCUGGGGAAAGAAAGUACAGGAAUAUGGAGGGUUAGGCCCAUGGAAGAAGGGACAUGAGGGUGGCUUGCCUUCCCGGCCCCUUCCCACCUUUCUAUAAGCCCAGCAGGGAUCUGGCUGGCCUGUGUCUACACUCAUUGCCCUGUGCAGACUGUAACUGGGGAUCAGUGGAGACCGAAGGAGACCAAUCUCCUCCCCACGACUGCCAGCAGGGAAACUGCAGCAGCACCUCACACACUAGCCUGUGGCUUGCUUCCCCCCCGAGAAGCGCAAGCCAAGUCAGGAGCAUUGGCUGCCCAAGGAAGCACGCAGGAAGGGAGGGUGGAAGAGCUCAGGGUGCUGUGGCAGCCGCAUGGGCUGGUCUGGGUGAGAAAAGCCAUAGCCCAGCAGCCCGUAUCAUGGAGGUGAGGGCCAGAGAAAGGACCGGAGGUGCUGGUGGGUACAGUCCUAGAUCCUGAGGCCUGUUAUCCAUGUGUAGGUGCUGUGAUAGUGAGAAAAGGUAAAGAGGUCCCUCACGGACCACAACCGUGCCUGCAGCUCCGGUAAGGGUGAUGUUGUUAAACAACACCUGUGGCCAGGCACCAACCUAGGUCAAGUUCAGCCACAGUGUGGGAGCCCAUGCUGUCCCCCACAGUGGCUCUUUAGAUGCUGGUUGGGGGAAACCCUAGGGUAGAGGUAGGGAACCUAGGGACUCAGUUUGUUUUCCAACCAGCAUAGGAGUAACUUCAUAUUGGGAACAGUGCUACAGCCAUACCAGCACAUCCUGGUUGGAGGCCAG